AAGAUAUAAAUAGUGAUGCCUGGGACUGGUCAUUGGAGCCACUCUGCCUUCACCAUGAAGUUCAGCAGUUUCUUCCCUUUCAUGGUGCUCCUUGCUCUGGGGAUCCUGGCAUCCUGGACUGUAGAAGGAGGCAAAAAUGAUGCUAUCAAAAUUGGAGCCUGCCCUUCUAGAAAACCUGCCAAGUGCCUUAGGAGGGAGAAACCAGAGUGCAAUUCUGACUGGCAAUGCCCAGGAAAACAGAGGUGCUGCCAAGUUCAUUGUGGUAUCAAAUGUGUUAAUCCUCUUCCCAUCAGCAGACAAGUGAGGAGGAAGCCUGGCAAGUGCCCAGAGAUUAAAGGACAAUGUAUGAUGCUGAAUCCUCCCAACAAGUGUGAGAGGGAUAGCCAGUGUGAUGACAACUAUAAGUGCUGCCUGGGCAUGUGUGGCAAACUCUGCCUUCUCCCACAGUAAGCCUGAUUCCUGACAUUUGUAGACAGCUCUGAACUCAUGUUUUGUGUGGUCCGGAAACGCCUUCUCUGCUCCCAGGUUCUUUCAAUCCCAGGCUUGGAUCUGGUGGAGAGGGUUUGUUCUGCCACCUACAGUUCCCUUUGGCACAUGCUCAGCAUUCAGUUGUCUUUAAGGAAAUACCAUUGCAGAGCAAAUAAAUAAAUGCGUUCAUUUCUCUAAGCA